GUUCUCACAUGACCCGAACCACACCAUCCAUGGGUCCCUUUUACUCUCUCUAAGAUGUCUUCUUCUCUAUCAUCGAGAAAAUCUCUAAACCCACUAUUUUCUUCACCCUUUAAAGUCAUCUAGAGAGAUAACCCAGUUUAAAAUUGAAAAACCAUUGAUUUUCAUUUUCCUUUUUAAUAUAUUUGGAGUCAACGAAAAUAUCAGAAAAAGAAGAGAAGCAACACAAAGAAUGGCUAGUGGCUCCGGCAACAACAACAACUUUAACUUGGGGAUGGGAGAGCACAUGUUCGACAAAGUGCUAACACCAAGCGACGUCGGGAAACUAAACCGGCUGGUGAUUCCAAAACACCAUGCAGAGAGCUACUUCCCCUUAGAAGACAAUCAAAACGGCACAGUGUUGGAAUUCCAAGACAGAAACGGCAAGAUGUGGAGGUUUCGUUACUUGUUCUGGAGCAGUAGCCAGAGCUACGUGAUGACUAAAGGAUGGAUCCGUUUCGUCAAAGAUAAGAACCUUGAGAACGGAGACACCAUCUCGUUCCACCGUGGCUACGUCGAGGACGAGAACGAACCUGAGAAACGAACCAAAAAACUGUUCGUUGAUUGGAGGCAUAGAGCCGACAGAAACCUCGUGCACAACAUAAACCAUCAUCAUCAUUACCCGCUUUUCAUGUCUCCGACUUAUCCAUCUGCCGAUUACUAUCCCUUGUCGGAAUAUUCCAUGCCGCAUUACCGAAGGUUUCCACCUUUUUAUCAUAACCAAUUACAAGAGAGGGACUUUUUAGGGUAUGGUUAUGGAGGGCCGUACUACGCGGGAGCACCGUUGGAUCAUAAUCAUCAUUAUCAGUAUGGAAGAUCUGAGCCGUUGGUUUAUAACUCUUAUCCUGUUUACCCGACCACGAGGGUACCUUCGUCUGCCGCCAUGGUGCCGCCGCCGCAGGAGGGAACGGCGAAGAAGGUGAGGCUGUUUGGAGUCGAUGUGGAGGAGUCUGCUUCUUCAGGGGAGGCACGUGGUGAAAUGGGUGUUGCGGGGUACUCUUCGUCUUCUCCAGUUGUGAUCAGAGACGAAGAAUCAUCUUCAGUUAUGCAGUUAAGCGAUGAUGAAGAAUAUAAGAGGAAAGGGAAGUCCAUAGACUUUUAGAACAAAGAGUUUUCUAUUCACCAUUUCCUUAAUGUCCCUUUGUUUCAUCCUUUUAAAAUUAUUAUAAUGUAAUUUGACAAUCGGGGAAUUGAAAAUGUAGUGAGGAACUUCACCGGGCUUAUAUAUAUUGGUUUUAA